AUGGGUCGCCGCGAAACCCCCGCAGGGCCCGGGGGAUUUCGGAAAGAUCCCCGUGCCGCGGAGCCGCCGCAGGCAACCCGAAGGCCUUUCAAACCGCGCUGCGGCCGGCCGCCAAAAACGCGGGGGUGGGGAAAAAAUGGUACCCUCCCCUCGCCGAAGUUGGUGGCGCCAGGCUUGUGUAACGCGAGCCGCCCCGACGCAGCCGCGAUGUCUGGUGUAGCCCCCCGCCUGCGUUUAGUCGGUCAUCUGAACUCUGGCCUGCGAAAGCUCUGCGUGAACCUCGUGCCGCCCACGCUUGAUGGGCUUCUGCUCGCUGAAGGGGGGAUGUUUGGCGCCAAGAGCAUGACGCAGGCUUCCGACCCGCGCCACGGCCGCUACCCCACCGCAUGCGCGCUGUUCCCCGGCCGCAUGGCGACGAGGGGAGUCGACUAGCAGAUGCUGAACGUGCAGAACAAGAACUCCAGCUACUUCAUCGAGUGGAUCCCGAACAACAUCAAGUCCUCCAUCCGCGAUAUCCCACCCAAGGGCCUCAAGAUGUCCGUCACCUUCAUCGGCCACAACACCUGCAUCCAGGAGAUGUUCCGCCGCGUUGGCGAGCAGUUCGUCGACAUGUUCCGCCGCAAGUCUUUCCCCCACCGGAACGCCGGUUGGGGCAUGGACGAGAUGGGGUUUACCGAGGCCGAGUCCAACAUGAACGACCUUUCCCCCGAGCACAAGCAGUACCAAGACGCCGCCUUAGAGGAAGAGGGCGAGUACAAAGAGGGGAAGGGGGCCUUCUGGCUGUCUGUGUAUGCGCGCGCGCUGGCGCACACCACGCCCCCCGCCCCCCCACCCGCAUGUCAUGAUGAUUUUUUUCUGCUUCUAUUUUGCGAGUGGGUGGGGGACUGGCCUGAGCGCCUGGGGGGGUGGGUGGGCAAGGCGGGCCGCAUGUGCGCGCACACGCCUCUGCGCAUGUGCAUUGGCACCCCACCCCCUCUCCCUCCUUUCAUUUCCCCUCUCUGUCACGGCAAAAACGACGUCCACAGCGGAUCUCUCGUCUUGUGCCUUUCUGCCUUUUUAGGUGUCGCCGCCCAAGCCCCACACACCGCCGCCGCCCCCCCCCGGCGAGGCGCGGCUUCCGGGCAGCGGCCGCGGUGGGACGCGCGCACUGCGGCACUUGGCGGGGGCCAAAGCGACGACGCGGGCGAACGAAGGAGGAAGGCUGCGCGCGCGACUGGGGGUGAGCGGGCGCGUGUGCUGGCGUGGCGUCCGCCGUGUGCGCGCACGUUUCUCCGGAAUGAAAUCGAAUCGUUCAAAACGCACGUGCGUGUGCGGUGGUGGCGGUGGCGCGGGGUAUGGGGAUGA